GAAAUGGAAAUUAAAAAAGCAGCAAAACAAGGAAAUAAACAGGCAGCAACAAUUCUAGCCAAACAGCUGGUGAACUUGAGGAAACAGAAAACAAAAAGUUAUGCUAUGGGAUCCAAGAUCUCUGCCAUUGGGAACCAACAAAAGAUGAUGCACUCCAACAUGAAGAUGGCCACUGCCAUGGGAACAACCACAAAGACAAUGACACAGAUGAACAAAGUAAUGGACCCGCAAAAGACAGCAGCCAUGAUGCGGGAGUUUCAGAAAGAAACAGACAAAAUGGACAUGACUGAAGAAAUGAUUGAUGAUACCCUGAAUGAUAUUCUUUCCGAGUCUGGAGAUGAGGAGGAGCAGGAUGCCAUUGUCAACAAAAUCCUCGAUGAGAUCGGCAUAGAAAUAUCAGGAAAGCUUGCAGAUGCGCCCGCAGCUCACAGAGGAAAACUGGGAGAAACGUCGAGAGUCGCUGAUGAUGAAAUUGAGAGGCAGCUUGCAGCAUUAAGGGAUCUCUAA